GAUAAACAGCACUGCCCUGUUCUUGUUGGAGUGAAACGACUGAAGGACUGAGAGCGGGGUCUGAUGCGUGUCAUUGGUCGCGUGCACGAGCUGCGCGCUCUUGGUCUCUGCGUGUCCUGCAGACGCGGCUCGGACCGAGAUCUGUCUCUCUCUCUCUGCGGGGAACCGAGCGGGACUUCCGCCGGCGGAGGAAGCAAUGCAGCAGUGAGCCUCGCACCUGCUCCCGGAGUUCCUCUCGCAGACUCGUCCUCACCUUCUCAAGAUGGAGCUUCUUCUGCUGCUCGUGUCUCUGUGGGCGCUCUGUGUUUCUGCGGAGCAGGAGGUGGAGAAUCUCUCCGGACUGUCGCCGAAUCCCGACCGGGAUAUUUUCGUUGUGAGAGAAAACGGAACGACCUGCUUGAUGGCGGAGUUUGCAGUGAAAUUCCUGAUUCCCUACGACGUCCUGGCACUGAACGGGAUCGAUCUGAUCACGGAGCAGGCGUCCGUGUCUCUCCCGCGUGGAGCUCAGAUCGCUGGGAAAUGCGGGAGCAGUGAGUCGGAGCUGCACAUCUCGUGGCUCAAUCUCGCAUUCACAUUCCGCAUCUUCUUCUCAAAGGAGAAGCGCACCAUGGGCAGUGAUGGAAAAGCUAAAGAAACUGAAGUGUGGAAGAUAAACAAGGUCCAGCUGGUCUACGACACUUCAGAGACGACACACUUCAUUAGCGCUUAUAAUCCGGGGAAACACACGGCCAGCACACACCACCUCUCCGCUCUGGUGACUCCGGCCGGACGCUCGUUCAUUUGCGCGGCUCAGCAGACGCUCACGCUGAUCUCCAGCGACCAUCAGAAGGGAAUCACCGUCUCCAUCUACGACAUUCAGAUUCAACCCUUCGACAUCAAGAGCGACUUCGUCUUCAGUGAACCGUAUAAAUGCAUCACGGACCAGCGGGAGCAGCUGGAGCAGAUGCUGCCGCUGGUGUUGGGUCUCAUCCUGGGUCUCAUCAUCGUCAUCACCGUCUCCGUUUAUCACUUCCACCUCAAACUGAGCGCCCCGCAGCUUCCUCGCGACUGCUCGCUCUACAAGAACAUGUGAAGACUCUCUAUACACACGCCAUGUGUCCCGUCUGUAAAGGUCCAGUCCAGACGUCUCAAUGCACCUCACUAGAACUCCUCUUUUCUUUCUGGGUUCUGUGUCGAAUGUAUGGAAGCCCGUUUCCACCAUAGAAUGAAAAAAUUAUUUAAAA